UAGUCAAAAGUACGUUGUCAUACCGGAACCGAUGUCAUUAAGAGGGUGUUUCUGAUGGGUGGCGUUAGAGUAGCACCGCUGGUCCCAUCUUGAUUUGAGCGAGCAGGGUGAACACAGGAGGAGAACACCGUCCAUAUUACAGCUGCUUUGUCAGCACCUCCCACAGUAAUGGACCCUCCUGGCGGGGGAGAUGAGCGGAGGAGGCAAGCGGAGCGUCUUCGUAGAGAAGAGGCAUACUAUCACUUCAUAAAUGAAUUGAGUGAAGAUGAGUACCGCCUUAUGAGGGACAGUAACCUGUUGGGUACUCCUGGGGAGGUUACUGCAGAGGAACUUAGGCAGCGUCUUGAUGGAGCUAAAGAACGUGUCUCAUCUCAACCCCCUCCUGAGCAUCCUGCUCAGAAUACCAGUUCUGGCGAGCAACAAGGUGGUAGUGAUGGAGAGGAGAGAGGGCCUGGCGGACGUAGACAACCAGGAAACGCAGAACCAGGGGGAGAAUCAUCAAAUGGUGAUUCAUUACUGGAGUGGCUUAACACUUUCAGACGUACUGGAAAUGCAACUCGAAGUGGACAGAGUGGCAAUCAGACGUGGCGUGCUGUCAGUCGGACAAACCCUAACAGUGGAGAAUUUCGCUUUAGCUUGGAAAUUAAUAUCAACCAUGAUCAGCCAGAGCCUGGGGAGCAUAAUGACAUCUCUGACCAUUCAGAUCUACCAGUAACAACCCAAAACACUGCAUCCAUUCGUACAUCGUCUGCCUUCUCCAGCCAUCGGCCUUCUUUAGCACCCAGGCCAGCCCCAUACCCCACUCCACGUCCACCGCUUAGUAGGAGGAUGCAUACGCGUCGCACACGCAGCAACUCUACCGCUCUUUCUAUAAACCCAUCACCCUUUUUAACAUCAGUGCCACCGCAAUCCACUGGUGCAAGAAGAGGCUCAUCUUCACACUCUUUAGUAUCUUUACAACCUGCCCCUGCACCAUAUUCAGAGGAAACUGUGACACAAAGCCGAGCCAUAAAUGCUGGAAUUGAACAUGAGCGUGAUAAUACAACAUCAACUUUAGACUGUCCUCUUGGGUCACAGGAUACUGGAUCCCAGGUCCCAUCUGUGGUACAUGAAACGCGAGGAAGUAGGACUAGAUCUCGUGCACGUACACGUAGGGCUGCUGUAGGAAGCAGUGUUUCAACACGCGUUUCGAGACGAAGCCGUUCCCCUUUGCAGCAAACAUCUGUUUCCAAUUCUAGUGCCCCAUCAAUAAAUAGUGACAAUAGCUUCAACCGUCCUGCUCAACCAAGUAAUUCAUUACAUUCUGCUCUACUGGAUUCAGGGGGGGAGCAGGUAACAGAACCUACUACGGUAUCGGAACCAGUCACAGAGACUGUUGAACGUGAGGGAGAGUCUCCCCUGGCAGGAAACACGGCAGUUAGACGACAUCCAACUAUAAUGUUAGACUUGCAGGUGAGAAGAAUUAGACCAGGAGAAAACAGAGAUCGUGACAGCAUUGCAAGUAGAACACGUUCUCGCGCUCGCGUUGCAGAGAACACUGUGACAUUUGAAAGUGACAGCGGAGGAUUUAGACGCACCAUUUCACGUUCUGAAAGGGCUGGGAUUCGGACCUAUGUGAGCACUAUACGUAUUCCACUGAGGCGUAUUAGUGAGACCGGACUAGGUGAACCCAAUUCCACUGCAUUGCGGUCUAUUUUGCGUCAAAUAAUGACUGGAUUUGGAGAGCUGAGCUCGCUAAUGGAGACUGAAGCAGACUCUGAAAGUGUUGCACCUUCCCACACAGAUGCUGUUGGCAUAAACAGCCCAGAGAGCCAACACUCAAUUGACAGAUCUUCUAGUUUGACUGGGACUGGUGGAACAGAUCAGGAGAGACCCAGGCUGUCUGAAAAUGACGAGGAAGACGGUGAUCAGUCCAGACUACCUGGAGGUGUAGUAAGCACCACUGAGGGAAGGGUCAGAGAUACCAACAACCUUGUAGAGAAUGGCACUUUACCCAUUCUACGUUUGGCACACUUCUUCCUGCUGAAUGAUGAAGAAGAUGAUGAACACCCUCGAGGCCUGACUAAAGAGCAGAUCGACAAUCUAGUCACACGCACUUAUGGUCAGGCAAGUUUGGAGGGUGAGAUGGGCCGUGCUUGCAGUGUCUGCAUCAAUGAGUAUGCACAAGGCAACAAGCUGCGCCGCCUGCCAUGUUCUCAUGAGUUUCACAUCCAUUGUAUAGACCGCUGGCUCUCUGAGAACAACACCUGUCCCAUAUGUAGGCAGCCUAUACUUGGAGUCCAUCAUGAUUAAUUUAUUGCAAUUGUGAUUUAGCUCAAAUGAGCAGACCCAAGUAGGCUUGCAUGUAUAUAGUGCUUUUCAUGUUACAAUUCUUUAAAAUUGUGUUGGAAAAAAAGAGUGAAGGUGAAGUAUGGAAAAAGCUAUAAUUGCAGAGAAUUAACAAGUUUAUUUUUUUAGACCUUUUCCCAUUGUUUUCAUUUUUCUGUGACCAUUUGUCUUGGCCACAUUAAUGGAUUGCAUUGAUGCUUAAGAAGCUCACAUAGCUGCUGUUGAAUAGCUUCAUAUUAACUUCUCAGUGUCUGAAAUGUGUGAUAUUGUUCUAACUGCAACUGGAUACCACACCUCAAAAUGUAGGCUGUAAAUAAUUAUCUUAAAUUAUAUGAGGUAUUGAUGAAUCAGGAAAUCAUUGAUUAAUUGACCAUAAUUUUAAGGCUCAUCCCUAUUUUUAAGUGUCACACCUUGUUUAGUAUAUUAUUUGCUUUACUUUAUAGUAUAAAUUUAAUACGAAGAAAUAAGAGAAAAUUCUAAAAUAUGUAUUUAUUUGAAACAUUUUAUUAUUCAGUUAUUUUUCAUUUGUUCAAUUGUUUACUUGAGUAUGUCCUGUAAUUGCAAUGCAGAACUCCAUUGAGUCACUUUAUAAUUGCACAGUUCUAUUAAAUGCAGUUCACACCUGUUAAUCAGGAGGUCGAUAUGUAUAUAGAUAAUUUGUGCAAUAAGGAGCAAGAAGAAACAGUAUUGUUUGUUGCUUUUCACUGUUGUUUACACUGUAUUGCUUAAAUAUAGUCACCAUCCAAAUCAUCACAUUUAAAUGCAUUUUCUCUUGGCUA